AUGCCACAGCAUGAGCAUAUGGAAAUGCAUCGUAAGCGCCAUGGCGUACGUAUGGACGCUAGCGAGAAGAAGCGUAAGAAAGAGGCGCGUGAAGUGCAUCGUCGCUCUCAAUUUGCUCAAAAGGUCCACGGACUACGUGCCAAGUUGUACAAUCAAAAGCGGUUUAAGGAGAAAGCUGCUAUGAAAAAGACACUUGCAUUGCACAAUGAACGUACGAAUAAACACGCUAAUGAUGAAGAGAUUCCAGAUGGUGCUGUCCCGUCCUAUCUAUUGGACCGCGAGGGCGUCUCACGCGCCAAAGUACUGAGCAAUACUGUAAAGCAGAAACGAAAGGAAAAAGCAGGUAAAUGGGACGUGCCAAUUCCAAAGGUAAAGCCUAUUGCCGAUGACGAGAUGUUUAAAGUACUACGCUCUGGUAAACGUCGUAAUAAAUCAUGGAAACGCGUGAUUACCAAGGCCACAUUUGUGGGUGAGAACUUCACACGUAAACCACCAAAAUACGAGCGCUUCAUCCGCCCGAGUGCUAUGCGCUUUAAGAAGGCUCACGUGACGCACCCGGAGCUAAAGACGACAUUUCAGCUGGACAUUCUUGCUGUUAAGAAGAAUCCACAGAGUCCACUGUACACACAGCUUGGUGUCAUGACCAAGGGUACUAUCAUUGAGGUGAAUGUAAGUGAACUAGGGCUUGUAACUACGUCAGGAAAGGUUGUAUGGGGUAAGUUUGCUCAGAUUACGAACGUGCCGGAGAAUGACGGCUGCAUUAACGCCGUGCUGCUUGUCUAA